UUGACUCACACCAACUCGUCAAGCCUCGCCUUGACAACCGGCUUUUCCUGGCCAUCUACUAACAGUCGACUGUCCGCGACGACAUGCGAAAGCGACAUCUGGAGCUGUACACAUUCACGCCAGCCUCAGAUUGCCGCCUCGGCCAAUGCCCAUGACGACACACGACACCCCCUCCCCUCAGCCGAACGACACGCCGACAACUCCGAGAACGGACGGAAUGUCCUCUCUAAUCACACCAAACUAGAUUAG